UUUGUCAAUAAGGGAGGAGAACGCGUCUAAUCGAUAUAUUAUUAGAACGCUUUCUGGUAAUGUAUAUGAAUGAUCCGGACAUGUACACAAACCUGCGCCGAAGGCGCGGGAAAAAGUGUCAUCAGCUCCUCCCCGUUCUUCACUCACAUAUCGGGACUCGACAUCUUCACUGUUUCCCUUUUCUCUGUUUGAAGGGUAACUCAUGUUUCGGCGGAAAAAUCUGGCCGGGUCACUACAGCUGCUGAGAGAUAGAUUUGCCCACAUUAUGACCCUGGAAACAUUCUCAAUCUCUUUGGAAUGUUCUACCACCACCAGUCGUCGGGAAGAAACAUCUACACUUUUCUCUGUCUUCACGGUUGUCAACUUCAUCAUCGUAAUCAUCAUUCCACCAGUCCUUGCAGUAGUUGGAGGAAUCGGUAAUUUUCUCAGCUUUCUUCUCAUGAACCAACCAAAAUACAGCAAAUCCACCACAUGUUUUUACAUGCGAUGUCUCGCAAAAUUUGACAGCGUUUAUAUCUUUGGCCGAAUGAUUCUGCGGUAUCUACUCGUUGUCGCCUCGAACAUUCUACUAGAACAAGCGGUGGAGACAUACUUCUGUCUUUUUUACUUGUCAGUUUUUUAUUUCGGAUGUGUCUUGUCCCCGCUUUUAUUGACCAUCAUGGCAAUCGACAGAUUCGUGGCUCUAACCUGGCCACUGAAGGCUGCAAACGUCUGCACGAUGCGACGGUCGAAACAGCUGGUGUUUGGCACCACGUCUUUAGGUGCGGUGCUGGGGUUGAUACAACUCCUUCGGUCUCACCGUCCAGAGCUUAUAUCUUGGUACUGUCCUUACCAUUUUAAAGUUGCCGCAGGAGUAUUUGACCAGGUGUUCAAUGUAGUUACAGCUUAUAUCCCUAUCAUCUGUCUUCUCUUUUGCAACCUUGGUAUAAUCCGUGCCGUCUACAAAAGCAAACGGGAGCUUUCUCACCUGUCCAAUACAAAACGGUCCUCAUCGACUGAGAAAUCGAUUACAAGCACCACCGUGAUGGUCACAUGUAUCUUCAUCAUAAGCAAAAUACCGAUGUUAUUUGAGGAUUCAUUUUGGUCAUACAAUAGCUUUGACCCUACAUCAAAACUUAUAGUUCAUUUAAAAAUCUUGUCUAUAAAUUUUGCCAUCCUGAUGGAAAGUUUAAACUACUGUUUGAACUUCUAUAUGUAUGGGUUGUCUUGUAAACGGUUUAGAAAGGAGUUACUGAUCAUAAUAAUGUGUCGCUAUAAAACAUUACAAAAAUCAACGCGGAGUAAGGUUCUCUCAACAGUAACCUAGAUACAGAUGAGAACUAGAGAGUUGGAGGAGGAAACCGGAGCAGCAGAGACAAAACCCUAUCUAGUGUCCCCCUUUAUCUUUCAGAUGCCGACCCAAUUCGUCAUUAAUCGAUGGCCAAAAGCCAUUUGGACUGAAGCAAAAACGUUAUGCUCAAAAUAUUAUGGUUGCCUGCUCGAUUAGCUCGUUUCGACACAAUGCCCAAAGGCACAUAAUGUUUAACUCGUGCAGGGAUUUACGGCUUCAAAACAUCUCAUCCCUGUGCUAAUGACGGCAAUUACGCCAUCAUGAUGACGAGGUCGGGUUUGAGGAGUUGGAAUCCUUGUGAACUUGGCAGAUCUACAGAACGGACGGUCCCUCGAAAGCUGGAAACGACGAGUUUCCUUCACCUGUCCCUUCUUCCAUUUUAACCCACUAUUCCGUCGUGGAUCUUUUAAAAAUGACGCUCUUAUAGAAUUAGAAAAAGAUGCAUAUUUUUGCUCAUGCUCGCAUAAGGAAGAGCGUCAAGUUCAACAUCAGCUUACCCUUGAAACAGUGUUGGACAUGCCACAAUUGGAUACUUGUAUUAAGUCGUCGCUCAAAUUCCUUCUUUCGUGUAGGUUUACUUGUGACAACAAGUUGGAGGACAGAGGGGCCCUAAUGUGGGACAAAUAAAGUUUUUCCUAAUUCUGACUGAAACAUAUCUAUUCAAACAUCCGCAUCAUGGCCGGCGAGGAAACACACACAAUCUCAAAAGAAGUAAGCUCUCCCGUCAUUCAAAAGUCCAUUUCUUAUAUCCCUGUUCUCAAUAUUGUCAACUUCACCCUGGUAACCAUCCUACCACCCAUUCUUGUGGUAGUCGGAAUGCUUGGCAACAUCCUGAGCUUCCUUCUCAUGAACCAAUCAAAGUACAGCAAAUCAACCACGUGUUUUUACAUGCGAUGUCUCGCGAUAUCUGACAGCGCUUACAUCUUUGGCCGAAUGAUUCAGCGGUAUCUACUCGUUGUCGCCUCGAACAUUCUAUUAGAACCAUCCAUCAAGACAUAUUUUUGUCUAUUUUACUUCGCAAUGUUUCAGUUUGGUUUAAUCCUGUCUCCUCUUUUAUUGACCGUCAUGGCAAUCGACAGAUUCGUGGCUCUAACGUGGCCACUGAAGGCUGCAACCGUCUGCACGAUGCGACGGUCGAAACAACUUGUAUUUGUGAUCAUUUCCUUGGGCACAGUCCUGGGGUGUGUACAACUCUUUCGGUCUUACCAUGAAGAUUUAAGAUCAUGGUAUUGCACGUAUCAUUUCAUUGGCCACCUUGUGUUUGACCAGGUGUU